AUGGCCACCGAUGUCUCUGGAGCGCCUGAAGUUGCUUUGGUGGCCUUGCCAGCCACGUGCAGAACAUUAACGGUGGGCGAUGGCGACCUUAGCUUCUCCCGCGCCCUGGCGUCGCAGCAUGCUGCAUCUGUGGCACGGGCAGAGCUGGUGGCCACGGUGUACGAUGGACGGAAGGAGCUGCUGGGAAAAUAUCCAUCAUCUGCAAAGACAGUGAUGGAAUUGGAGGAGCUGGGAACCAAAGUGUUCUUCUGUGUGGAUGCCACUCAACUGGGCCCUCCGGUGGAUGGCUGCUUCGAGCGAAUUGUCUUCAACUUUCCACAAGUGCCCAACAGCAAGGAGGUCAUUCCCAACAGAUUGAUGCUGACCAAGUUCCUCCGGGCGGCGGAGAAGCACCUCAGCAAGGAUGGUAUUGUCAUCAUUAGCAACAAGAGCGUGAGUCCCUACAGCUGGUGGUGCCUGGAGGCCUUGCCCCAGUGGGCAGCGCCAUCCACGUGGCGGCUGCUGGCGCCCCCGGUGCCCUGGCAGCGCACGGAGUUCCCGGCGCUGCAUCGGCCGCGACAAGUGGACCGAGAUCGAAGCGUCAAGGCGGGCGACGCCCUGCUCUUCCUGUUUGGGCUUUCCACACGAACCCAGCCAUGGCAGCCAUGGAUGGAGGGUAAGGAAGCGACAACGGGGAGCCCUGGGCCUGGGCGUUGUGAGCUGUGCGGGGUGUCCACGAAUCGAGCUGCGGAUCGACAAGCGCAUGAAGCUAGCAAGAUGCAUCGAAAGCGUGUUGACAUUGAAACCAACUGGCAGCAGGCCCUUGACAGGCUGAACCAAGACGGCGAGUCUGAUGGGUUUGCUCCAAAGCGACAACGGGAGUGCAAAGACACUGAGAAAGAGACCGCUGCAGCUCAAUGCAAUGAACAAACCGCUAAUUCUGGUGAUUCUUGUGGAAACGGAGACAGGAUUCAUGCUCACUUCGCGCGAUUUGGUGAGGUGCAGAAUGUGGAGAUCAAACGACAGCCUGAUGGCAGUUCUCGGGGCUUCGCCUUUAUUCGCUUCGCCGCGGUGGAGUCGGUGGAUCGGGCCAUCGAGGCACAUGCCAGGCACAUGAUCGAUAAUAAGUGGGUGGAUGUAAAGCGACACGACAGUGACGCUCAUGCAGCUGGACCAGCUUCCAUGCUGCGACACGAUCGCAAAAAUGAGGAUCGGCGCGACGAGAAGAAGGACAGGAGCGAUCGAGAUCGCAAGAGGAAACACGAGGUGGAGGCAGAAGGGCAAAAUGAGGACCGGAAGGCUGCCCAGUCUUUGCUGGAGAAGUCCAUGAAAACUGCAAUGGGACAGAUGAGUGAAGAGAAAGGCCAGGAAUCCAAACCGAACAGUGUGAACCCUGCGAUGAUGAUGGGCAUGAUGAACAUGAUGCGGCCAAUGAUGAUGGCAAUGAACAAUCCCAUGAUGGCAAUGAAGAUGAUGGGAAAAGGCAAAUCUGAAGGCCACCCUGAUGCGGACUCGGAACAAGGUGACCAUGGUGCUGGCUCGCCUAAACCUUGUGGCAGCGGACCUUGUGGAUGUGGAGGUUGCGGAGGUUGCGGAGGUUGUGGAGGUUGUGGAUGUGGAUGCCCUCCAUGUUGCGGAUGCGGCUGUGGCGGAUGCGCAUGUGGCCCCUGUGGCUGCGGUCCUUGUGGCUGCAGCUGUGGCGGUUGUGGCGGCUGCGGUUGUGGGUGUGGUGGAUGUGGAGGCUGUGGAGGCUGCGGAGGCUGUGGCAACUGCUCUCCUUGUCAGGGCUGUGGCAGUGGUUGUUAUGGUGCCUGCUGUGGUCCGGGCUGCGGCCCCUGCGGCCCCUGCGGCCCCUCCGGCCCCAUGGGUGGGAUGAGUCAGAAUAGUCAGAGACCAAGUCCCUACUGA